AUGGACGCUCUGGGCGACAUCGGCCCACAGAUUGAGAAGAAUAUAUGGCCAACUUUCAACGAAUUGGUUUGCAAGAAGAACCGAUGUCCGAAUUACAAGAACUAUCCAUUUUUUGAGAAAGAGGUCAUUAAACCUCUCUGGAAAAAGCUCGGCGAUAGGGGAUUAAAACUACCACCGUACAGCGGUGACGUCGAGAAGCUGUUCGAUUCAAUUGCGAAGGACUGUUUCCAGAAGAAAGAAACGAAUUUCUGCAACAUGAAGGAGGUACAAGAGGCCAAGGGUUGUGCGAUUGACAAAGGGAUGGGUUUCAUAAUGAAGCACUUGGAUAUGGGGGCCAAGUAUGGAGGCAAAGAAAAUUGCGAGAUUGCGAUCAAGUGUCUCAAAGACCCGAAAAUAUGGGCUUGGGGGAAAUCAAUCGUGAAAAAGUUUGCCAAGGAAGUGAAACCAAACCAAUGCAAGUAG